AUGAGUGGAUCAGAUGUACGGCCGAAGAGUUCAUCAAUUGAUAAACAAUUGAAGUCAAGUAGAGAUGAGAUGAAAGGUGUGAACGAAAGCACGAAUGAAGACAUGAGUGAAGACAGCAAUGGUUUGAAUUUGUGGUCAAUUAUCAACGGAGCGAAAGAUAAUUUUCAGGAACCGAUUAAAACAAUGAAGAGUUCAUUGAAUGUUCAGAAACACACGUCAGUGAAGAUUACAUCAAAUACAUCGACAUUUCAAUCCUCACCACAAGAGAUGGUUAACGAAGAGAUCAUUGAUAUCAGUAAUGAAGACUCGAUGGAAGACUCAAUGCAACCAAAAUUGUUAACUGAAUUAUUGCCCCAAAGUGUCCGCCAAAGAGACACAUCUAAGCCAUUGACGAGUCAGGCAGUGAUGUGUCGGCCAAAUGCGGACCAAAAGACAUUCAAACCUUUACUAUUGUCUUCACCGAAGUCUCAAGAGAUGGACAACAAAGAGAUGAUUAGAAAGAGAGCCAAAGAAUUGGCCGACAAAAUGAUAGCAUCACAGCGUUUGAGGAAAAGGAUUGUCAAACACAGCGGCAAAGACUCGGCGAAGAAAAUGCAUUCAAAUGAAAGGAUAUGUCCGCUCGAUGUCAACGAAAGGAAACAAUGCUAUGAUUUGAAGUCAAAGACAUUUAUUUGUCCCAUAAAUGAGUGCCACAAGAGUUUUGGCAAAGAUCACGGAUUUCGGGCGCAUUUGAAAGUAUUUCACAUCGAAAGACAAUUUGUGUGCAAUUUUGAAGGCUGUGGUAAAGCCUUUACUUAUAGACAUCGUUUAAAACAUCAUUCACUCAUUCAUAAGACAAUCAAACCGUUUAAAUGUGAUUUCAAUGGGUGUGAAUAUCGAGGCGUUAGUCGAGUUCAGUUGAAACAACACAUGAUUACACACUCGACGGACAGAGUGUUUAAAUGUGAUGUCAGCGGCUGUGGGAAGACAUAUAAGUGCAGCUCUCAUCUAUGGGUACACCAGAGGACACAUCAAACUCAACCGAUGUAUAAGUGCGGGACCGACGGCUGUAGUGAUAUGUUUCAUAGCCCGCAUCUACGGACUAAACAUCAGGUGUUGGUUCAUAACCGACAGCCGUAUACUAAACGGGUUUAUAAACACCGGUGCCAAUGGCCCGGAUGUGAUUGGAUGGGAGUCAGCGUGAAUAAACACCAGCGCACGCAUACGGGUGAGCGGCCGCACGCCUGUGAUUGGCCCGAUUGUGGCAAACGGUUUAGAGAUUAUGAUAAACUCAAAGAACACAUGAAUAUUCAUAAUAACGUUAAGCCCUAUGCGUGUCAUUGGCCCGGAUGUACAUACAGUGCCGCUAAUGGUAGUAAUGUUAUUAAACAUAGAAAACAAGUCCACAAAAUGUAA